AUGCAGAAUAAGGAUCUUUCGCUGGAGAUAGCUACACUAAAAGUGGCUUUAGCCAAAAGCAAAGAGGAAAUGCGCCGGAAUUUAGAAGAUGUGAAAGAUCAGAAAGAAGAUAUGACCAAAAGAGAAAUCGAGGUGGGUACCGUCUGUAACUACUAUUUUGUUGAGACGAAGCUUGGAAACGAACUUUGUGAGCCACAACAUAUCAACAUCGAACAAUCUGGUCAAUGCCUUUCAGUCACUUUCUUCUCAACUGAUGGCAAUGCAAAAAACGCAAUUCACUGCGGAGGAGAAUUGUCUGCCACUAACAAAUUUCUACAAGAAAAAGUGAUGGAAUAUCAAGAAAAGGAGAAUAAGCUGUCACAGCAGCUGGCGGAAACACGAGAUAGUGCCGAAUUGGCAAAGAUUGACUUAGAGACCCUACAGAAGAAACUGACCGAAGUUGAGGGCAGCUCUUCGCUCACUUAUCAGUACUUGUUGGAAGAAGCGAGCAAGACUUAUUCUUGUCCCAUGCCAUCGUUUUCAUACGUUCAAAUACUUUCAAAGUCUCUUCAGGUGAAGCAACAAAAAGCAGAUUUGCGCUGUGAGCUACUGGAGCUUCGCCGCGAUUACAACAGGCAAAAAGAAAAACUUGAAAAGCUGGAAGCUAAAUCGGUGGACGAGUCUGAAAUAGAGAAGCUACGUUGUGAUCUGGAAUCUUGUCGGAAACGAGAAGAAAGACUUCAGAAAGAAGUAGAACGACUGAAAGAAGCAUUAGGUAAAGCUGAGGAGGAGCGAGAACAGCUAGAAAUGGAAUUAAAAUCUACUCGAGACGAGGCUGGAGAGGCAAGUGUCGAACAGAAGUUCAAUCAAGAGCUUCGCGAAGAGCUGAAAAAGACAGAAACAAAAUUAUUAGAACUUUCCAAAACCAUGGAGAUUGUGGACUCGCAGUGCGAGCAAUUCAGGGAGCUGAAGAAACGCGCCGAAGUGGGAAGGCAAAAUGCUUUGAGUGAAUGUGCCGAGAUGACUACAAAGGUAAGAAAUGCAUGCUUUCCUGUACCAUGGACCGUCAAUUCAAUUCUACAAAAUUUAGUUGCGUGAAG